AUGGCCACAGCAUUUGCGGAUGUGACCGGACAAUUUGCGUCCAGUGCACCAUCGGAAUCUCACCACAUUUCACCGAGUCUCACGAAUUACUCCAGUCCUGCACCGUUUCAAGAUGCAGGACAGUUUGUGUCGCCUGCACAAGCCGAGAAAAGAGGGCCAGGUCUUCUUAACAAAGCGAUCAAUCGCCUCGACAUGUCCAAAACAUCCCCCGACCAUCAGGCCUAUAGCUCAUCAUUUUCCAACAGCCCGUCGGCAAGCUCUGUUGGUGUCUCACAACCUCCUGUGCAAUUGAUCAGUCCGAUUGUGAGGGUGGAGACGGUGGAUUUCAGCGGAGACGAAUCGCAACCCCAAUCCUUGUUAAAUAGAACCCACAGCAAGCGGAGCGCAGGGGGUAAACGGUCGAACCUUCACCUCUCUCCGCAUUUCCCUGUGGAGGAAGAUGACGAGUCAGACGACUCGUCGUCCGAGGAUGAGCCAGCCGCUACCCAAGUUCGGGCAGUCAAAAGAAACGAGGACGACGGAUCGUGGGUGGUAGAUGAUGGCUCUCGCCAAGGCGGCCUCAACCCGAAAACCCGCAAGGAAAUGCGCAACCUUUAUGUUCCGUCGAUCGAGGAGCAGGAAUUGAGACGGGCGAUGGAUGAGAAGAAGGCCGAAGUGGAGGACUGGCUCGAUCGCAGCGAUGUGGGCAGCGAAGCAGGCGAUCCUAACCCACUAUCGCCCAAGGCCACCAGGAGGAGAAUCGCCGGACGACGACGUGCGAAGAGUACAAACGAUGCGCCGUCCAGCAACGGUUUAGGGAUGACUUUGUUCCCCGGUCGCAGAGUUGAUGAUGGCAUUCCUGGGCCAGGCGUCUACCUAGACGUUCCAAGCGAGCUUGAUGAUGCGGAAGAUUACUCAGAGUCUGAUGAGGAACCCGAAUCUCCUGCGGCAGACCUCGCAUCUAUCAAGGAUGACGUUGCAUUUGCCAUCGCGGAGAGGCCGCCAUCGCAGGUGAUGAAGCCUUGGGGUGAUGCUCUGAAUCUGCAGGAAGAGGAAGUACCAUACCAACCUCCGACAUCCAACGCGGCUAUGAUGAGAUUCAGGCGACGCGCAAAGGAUAUCGAAUCUGCAUCUCUCGCGGCAACUAUUGGCUCCCGGAGGAUGAGCGAGUCCGACAUUGGAAGCAUAUACGCUGCAUCAGGAGUCAUCUCCAAGCCAGCCCGAACAUCAACUGACAAAAUGAAAUCAACCAAGCGAGAACGGCGCGGAAGUUUCCUUGAGAACAUCCUCCCGAAGCGGAACAACAGCAAUGUCCUGAAGCGGAAGAAUAGCACUGUUGACAAGCAACCACUGAAAGACCCAGCAUCUCCAACGCCAAAUGAACCGGAGAAAUUAUCAGCUCCGAAGAGGAUUGGCAGCUGGGGACGGCCGAAGUCGCCGAAGCUGGACACCAACCUAACAGUUGCGAAGAACGAACUCACGCCUGGCAGCGCCGCAGGUCAUUCAUCCACUCCGUGGCGGUCGGCGAAGAAUGCAAUCCGGCGGAACAGGAGCAAGAGCGAUCUUGGUAAAUCUCCAGGCCUGGCAGAAUUGAUGACGCAGCAUGGAGGGCCACCGCUUGUCACUCUUGCAUCUCCUGCAAAUGAGGUUGGACUUGGUGUUCGUCGGUCUUCAACGCAACCGAUGGCCAACGCAGAUGACGAGGAUAGCGAGAAUGAAGGGGAUCAAGCGAAAGAUCCCGUUUUCAUGGACCUCGCUAUCAGGCUUGAUCCAAUUGUUCCGAAUUUCGCUGGCUUCAAGGAACAUGCUCGGAAGCUCAACCCGAGGUUGGCAGAGUAUUUGUUGGAGCGGAUCGCAUCCGAGCAGGUCAAGCGUUAUAAGAGACUGCUGGAUUUCAAGGUCAAGCAUCACAAAGCUGUCCAGAAAGGCAAAUGUGCUGCCCACCCGUAUUGCUUUGCACUUGGUGGUGAAUCGAAGCUGCUUCCUCCACGAGUUGGCAAUAAGGACUCGGAAACUCCUUUCGUCGGAUUCCAGAUCAUGGCUCCUGGAAUGACGGAGGAGGAUAUCGAGGUCACCAGCGAAGGCACAAUCAUCGCCGCUCAAUUUCCGUCCGGCGUCCCGAUUCCGCCCGUCAAGCGACUUCCGGCUGAAUUCGAAUGCCCGCUCUGUUUCAAGGUAAAAAAAUCCAACAAGCCGUCCGACUGGACCAAACAUGUCCACGAAGAUGUGCAGCCGUUCACUUGCACGUUCCCGAACUGCUCGGAGCCAAAAUCAUUCAAGCGCAAGGCAGAUUGGGUGAGGCACGAAAACGAACGGCACAGGCAGUUGGAAAGCUGGACAUGCAACAUCGGCGAAUGCGCGCAUACUUGCUACCGGAAGGACAAUUUCGUCCAGCAUCUCGUCCGCGAGCAUAAAGUGCCUGAACCAAAGGUCCGCACUGGGCGAAAUGGUGGAUCCGGUGCUCGUUCGCCGGCUGUUGGACCCGAGUUCAACGGUGCGUGGCCGAGCGCAGAAGAUCCUACGGACGACAUUUGGGCUCUAGUAGAAAAAUGCCGACAUGAUACCGCGAAACUGCCGAGAGAAGAAGCGUGUCGAUUUUGCGGAAACAUCUGCAAUACGUGGAAGAAGCUCACGGUUCAUCUCGCGAAGCACAUGGAGCAGAUCAGCAUGCCGAUUUUGCCGCUCAUUGAGGCGAAAGAGGUUGAUAUCAAUACAAUAGUCAGCCCUAUC